AUGUCUUAUAAAAGCCCUAUUACUUGUCACGUACUGAUCGCUUCUCUCGGUACACCUGGACAACAUAUUGACGUCAAGAUUGAAAAAUUAGAUACCACAGGAUUCACCACGCUUUCAACCUCUCAAACAAAUAGUGAUGGUCGUUGUCCUACUUUACUACCUGAAGGUUACCAACCUGAAAAAGGCAUCUAUCGCGUUACUUUCCAAACAAAAGAGUAUUUCUCUAAAAUAGGUCAAGAUUGUUUCUACCCUUAUGUUCAGAUUGUAUUUGAACUCGCAAAUCCAGAUCAACAUUAUCAUAUCCCCUUAUUAAUCAGUCCUUAUUCUUAUACUACUUAUCGUGGAAGUUAA